AUGUUCGCCACGGUGAGAUUCGGAGCCAACUGCCAAGAGAUGGUGAACCUGCUCUGCUGCGUCCAGACCCUCACAGGCCACCUGAAGUGGAAGUGUCAGUGCAGACCCGAAGGGGCAGCCUGGGCUUCCUUCACCACAUCUCUCUCUCCAGACUGCAUUGAUCUCAUGGAUGAAAAGGGCAUCCUGAUGAACCUGAGCAAAGUGGAAGAUCCUGCAUCUGAAUAUGCCAGCAAACACCUGCAGGGAAGGCAGCGCUACAUCCUCAUCAGAGCUGUCCGAGAAGAAAACUCUGACACCAUCUGCUAUGAAUCCUUGCUUGAGGACCUGGGGAAACACUACCCUGACCUCCCAGGAUAG